GGCGGUGGCGGCAACGCAACCUAUCCUUUGUAAGUUCUCGACGCGCAGCCACUACAUACGCGGCCUUGCUCGAGCAAGGAAGGGAGAAGAAACACACGCACACACACGGCCGUAGAACUCAGUGCGCGCGCGCGCGCUCUACUCGAAAUUCACGGUCGUCGCGGAGCUGGCGAUCGAGAGGACGGCUAUACCAGCGCAUCCUCAUCUUCAGGUAAAAGUAUAGCAGGGGAAGUAAAAGAAGAAGCGCAGCAGACGUCUUGGGGAUUAAAGAGCCGCGUUUAAAGGGACGCCGCUGGCAGUGGCGUCGUCCUCUCUCCACCCGGCGACAACAGAGUGCGUAGCUUAUACCGUCUUAUACAUAGGUGGUUCCGUAGUGCUGAAUGAAACGGCUACUGGCGUCAGGAUGUAGUUCUCCGAGGGCCAGGACUGCAUGCAGCUGCGGAGACGCUCCCCCGCGGCCGAGUCAAUUGUUGCUGCCGCCGCUGACGAGAGCCGCUGAUGUGUAUAUAGUAUCUGGCAUAUACGCGGACUGCUGCUGAUACUCCGAGGAGGGAGGAUAAUAGAGAUUACGGCAUUGUUGCACGAACGAACGUCGAUCGACUACCUAUACCCUCCCGUUAUUCUCUUCGACUCUUUUUUUACGGGCUCUUUUGUACCGCUCAUCGAUAUUAUUACUGUAUUGUUGACAUAGUAUUUGAGAUGCGUUUGUAUUAUACUGCAUUGUAGAUAGUGUUAGAGAUAUCAGUAUAUUUGUUGAAAACGCGCGCUGAUACUAUCGUUGUCGAUUAUUUAUCGUUGUUGAGGAAUACUUGGACACCACGUAUACUGUUCUGCAGGCUGCGGUAAAUGCAGCUUGCCAGGGAGAUAUGGACCCCUCGAUGUUUGUCGCUUACACAACACAGGUCAACGGAGUGCCACUCGAGUCCAAGCUUGCUACCUACAUGAACCGUCAAACUCCAGUAGGAGUAGCGGUCAACACGACAAAUGUGACCAAGCAUCUAUCCAACUUGACAUUAGAUGCAAAGAAGGUAGCUGCUGCUCCCGAAUUCUUGCCCAGAGGAGGUCCUGCAAAUAGCAAUAGCACCUCGCCCAAUUUUCUCAAUAAUUCUUAUCAUUCUCAAGAGAAUGUUGGAGGUACAACAUACUUCUAUGCCCAAAAUUCUUCUGUUGAUUCUGGUAUUACUGCUGGUGAAGAUGGAGCUGAGAUUGUUGGCACUGUAGAGCCACUGCCACUAGCUUAUGUAUAUCCAGGUACACCGUCUUUCUUACAACCUUUCAAGGCAGCAACGGCGAAUAAAUCAGCAUCUAACAAUACAGAAUCUCAUAUGCCUCCAGCAUCACAGGCUUUGAGUUUCUUUGUCAACGAAUCUCUGCGAGUGGAAAUUCUUCAAAAAAAUGCCCUUACACUUGCUCAAGCUGAUCCUGUACAAUAUCCAGAUUUACCCCCUGAGGUUGAAAACUAUCAGGACCUGGUUCCAUUGGAAGUGAUACAUAAACCUGUUUCUUCAGUAUUGGGAUACCAAACUUCUACGUACAAAGCUACAAAUGUCAAAAAUGGAACGAAGUACUGUCUACGAAGAAUUCAUGAAUUCAGGCUAACAAAUACCAAAUGCAUGGUAUUUGUUGAUAUGUGGAAAAAAUUAGCACACACAAAUCUUGUCCAGCUGAGAGAAGUCUUUACUACAAAAGCAUUUGGUGAUCAUUCCAUAGUAUUUGUGUAUGAUUAUCAUGCUGGGUCAGAAACUCUACUGACAAGACAUUUUUCUGAGAUCAAUGGCUACACAGAUCCGUUCUCUUCGGAUCCGAAUGUUCCGCGACCCUAUAGCCACACGAAAAACACAAUACUCAGACAGCAGCAGCAUAAUUAUAUGCUUCCUGAAAGUCUCAUCUGGAGUUAUAUUAUACAACUAACAGCAGCUCUACGUGUGAUUCAUGCAGCUGGUCUAGCAUACAGAUGCCUGGACCCAACCAAAGUUUUGAUGACUUCGCGCUCGCGACUGCGUAUAAGCUGUGCAGCGGUGCCGGAUGUCGUGACGUUUGACGGCAGCACAACUAACCCUCUGAGCUUGAUACCGCACUACCAGCAGGAAGAUUUGAUAGCACUGGGCAAGCUUGUCUUAGCUCUGGCCUGUCGCAGCCUCCUCGCCGUCCACAGAGACAAUAUGCAAGCGUCUCUGGAACUUGUCGCACGCACCUACUCCACCGAUCUCCGAAAUCUCAUUCUGUAUUUACUGUCGAACCAAGCACGCAGGAGCGUAACAGAUCUCAUGCCGAUGAUUGGGGCGCGCUUCUACACCCAAUUGGAUGCGGCACAGCUCUGUUCUGACGUACUCGAGAACGAGCUAACGAAGGAGCUGGAGAACGGCAGGCUUUUUAGGCUUAUCGUCAAACUGUCCACCAUCAACGAACGGCCUGAGCUCAAUCUGGAUCCCCAGUGGUCGGAGACCGGCGAUCGUUAUAUGCUCAAAUUGUUUAGAGAUUACGUUUUCCAUCAAGUUACCGCUGAUGGCAGGCCCUGGCUAGAUUUAGCUCAUGUCGUAUCGUGUUUGAAUAAAUUAGAUGUCGGUUCACCGGACAAGAUUUGUUUAAUAUCCCGGGACGAACAAAGCGUGCUGAUUGUUAGCUAUGCAGAAUUGAGACAUUGCAUGGAGACUUCGUUUAACGAACUAGCACAAGCUACAAAAGGCUCUACUGCAGAGGUUGUCUAAACCACCGCGGGAAAAGGUUAAUAAAGCCACUUGGUAUUUACCGCAAAUGUGAUAUCGACAUCUCCAAGGUACUGUCAUUUUAAAGAAGCUCUCCGAUGGACAAGCUAGUGGUAAGAGUAGUAGUGACAGAUAUUAAAAGAAACAGAAACGAAAACUUGAUUUCUAUUCAGAAAAAGCAUGCGUUGUAAAGAAUUUUUUCAUAAAAAAUAAGUAUUGUGCAAAAGAAACCUAAAAAACAAAAGAAUGAAAUAAGAUAUGAGAGAUAUUAUUUAGAGAGUAUGUGUGAAGAGAGAACUAUGAUUAUGAAGUGAUUCAUGAGUGGUGGAUCGCCGAGUCAUAUGUGUCUAAGUGCGUUCUAGUGUUUACAAAAGAAAUUAAUUGUAAUAUAUAUAUAAGUAUGUGCAAAUGAUUACCUAAGUAAUCAUGAAUGAUGUAAAUUAAAAAACAUCUUUGAAUUUGCUACGAGAAAAGCAGAAUCCGUUACGGUACUAUUACGAUGAAACUGUACACAGAACUUAACAAUGUGCUGAGAAACAAAAAAAAUCUUAAAAUGAUACCUAAACACAAUCGGUGUAUAGGAUAGAGAUCGUUACGUUUUAGGUACAACUCGUAAGCAUUAAUUUUGAAAUAAAUGUUUAUUUUUGAAAGCAAUCUUAAA